GUCAAGGCGAAGCGCAAGAGAGCCAAUGCCAGCCAACUCUCGGUACUGAAUGCGGCCUUUGAGCGGUCAUACUUCCCGUCGACAGAGGAGCGACUGCGUCUGUCGAAGCAGUGUCGGAUGUGUCCACGUACGGUCCAGAUCUGGUUUCAGAACAAACGGCAGAGUGUCAAGGCUAGGUCUGAGGCG